AUGUCUGCAGGACUCCACGCUCCCUGGCCCGUGCUCUUGGGGCUGUGGCUCCUCCUGUGCGUCAGCUCUGGGGCCCAGGGCGGGAAGGUGUUGGUGGUCCCCUUGGAUGGCAGCUCCUGGCUCAGCAUGCGUCAGGCUGUGCAGGCACUGCACGCCAGAGGCCACCAAGCCGUGGUCCUCGUGCCAGAUGUCAGCAUGCAUCUCAAGGGGGAAGAGUUCUUCACGAUGAAGCACUAUGAGGUUUCCUACACUCAGGAUGAAUUCGACAGAUUUUUCCAGAAGUACUUCCAUGCGACAUUUGAAAGACAGCCUCUUCCAAUGAAAUUUUUGAAAGGCGUGGAAAAGACAAAGCAAUCGUCUUUGAUCUAUCUGAAGACUUGUAGGGACCUGGUGUUUAACAAGGACCUGAUCAGGUACCUUAAUUCCAGCUCCUUUGAUGUGGUUUUAACGGAUCCCCUUUGGCCCUGUGGGGCGCUGCUGGCUAAGUACCUGUCCAUUCCUGCUGUGUUUUUCUUGCGUUCCAUUCCUUUUGAGUUAGACUCUGAGGGUACGCAGAGCCCUAUUCCUUCUUCAUACAUUCCCAGGACUCUAACAGCACUUACAGACCACAUGACUUUCUUGGAGAGGGUCAAGAACAUGCUCUUCCCUCUGGCCAUGAACUAUGUAUGCCAUGUUUGUUUUUCUCCUUUUGCAAGCCUUGCCUCUGACCUUCUGCAGAGAGAGGUGUCGCUGAGGGAAAUUUUUGGCUAUGGAUCCAUCUGGCUGUUCAGAGGAGACUUUGUGAUGGAUUACCCCAGACCCAUCAUGCCCAACAUGUUCUUCAUUGGGGGCAUAAACUGUCUCAACAGGAAGCCAUUAUCUCAGGUCUGUAUUGGUUGCUUUAUCCAAGCCCUGGCCAGGUAG